AUGUUGGGAACGCAAUACCAUUUCCCAUACCCCUGCCCACCUGUCGAAUACGGAGACACUAUUCCAUCGGAUCUGGACUGGCUACAGCCACCCGAGGAUGAGGCUACAAUCUAUCAGAACGCUAUCAACCGCACGCCGGGUAGCGAUCAAAACAUAUUGAUAUAUCCUUUCAUCACGGCGCUGUGGACGCAAGCACGUAUAUUCCCACAGCCAGUGCUUGAUGGUAUUCGUAAGAUGGCCUCCAUGCAGUCUGGAGACCUAUCGGACUUUCCCUCUGGAUCAGUCAAAUCUCGAUGGAUGGAUUUAUCCCAGUUCAGGGUGAAUCCAUACUUUGUUGAGUUAUUCGGUGAUUGCUUUCGAUCAACCGAGAGCAGCUACACUAUCAUCAUCAAGCCUCGCAUACUGGAAUAUCUGGAACAACUGGAGACGGUCAAAGGAACAGUCCGCGAGCAGCUCGUUCACGGCAUGUAUCUUACCCAACCUCCAUGCAAAGUCUUGCGAACAUACGCGGUGAGUAGGUUUUCCGACGGACUACAGAUGAUAGGCCAAGUACACGAGACGAAUGGAGUCCGCAUUGGAGAUCUUUUGCACACGUUGCAGGUUGAUCGGAAGUUCUCUAAAGCAAUCGACCAGUGGCGUACUCGUUCCGAAUAUUUACGGAAUGCCAUUGCAGAUCAUACGCCAGAUGUGUUCUCACUUUCGGAUGAGGAGAAACUUUGGGCUUGUCCUGGCUUUCCGAAGCUUGUCAUCUUCUUCGAGGCUUCAGAACAGCCACAUCCGACAUUCGCGCAAGAGCUCUACGACAUUACCCAGUGCAGGAAGAGCGCGCACAAGAAGGAAUGGCAUGAGUACAUUCAGAAGUAA